AGUGAAAGGAUAUCCUCUCGCACGAUCGCAUAACUCACGGGGAGAGCCUGAAAAUCUAAAAAUGGUGCAGCGGCUCACGUAUCGCACGCGCCACAGCUAUGCCACCAAGUCCAACCAGCACCGGAUCGUGAAGACCCCUGGUGGGAAGUUGGUGUAUCAGACCACCAAGAAGAGGGCAAGCGGACCCAAGUGCCCUGUCACUGGAAAGAGAAUCCAAGGGAUUCCUCACUUGAGACCUGCUGAAUACAAGAGGUCUAGAUUGUCUAGGAACCGAAGGACUGUGAAUCGGGCCUACGGUGGUGUGCUGUCGGGAGGUGCUGUUAGGGAGAGGAUAAUUCGCGCCUUUUUGGUGGAAGAGCAGAAGAUUGUGAAAAAGGUGUUGAAGAUCCAGAAGGCAAAGGAAAAGCAUGCCCCAAAGAGCUAAAUUGAGUGGGUGAUGAAGCAAAAGUAAUUUGAGUUAUGACAUGCUUCAGAGUUGAGUGAAAUUUUGGAUUUUAGGUUGGUGUUGAUGUAAACGUUGGAUGGUAUUUGAAUGUUUUUACUAGUAUUUUGUUUGCUACUGGAUUACUCUUUUAAGUAACUUUUUUAUUCUUAUGGCAAAUCUUUUACGUGGUUUUGUGUUA